AUGGCAUCUGUUCUCAGCAAAAAAGGGUCAAACAAGUUAAAGAAAUCUUUUGGGGGUCACCUACCCAAUACAGCUGCAAGCACUACCUUCAUGAAACCAUCAAUAUGGGCCGAGAGUAGUCAUAUCGUAAUUAUCAGAAAAAGCCCAGAAAAGAGCGGGCUUGGAUCCACCCCUGAAAAUGAUUUAAUCCAUGACCUUACCAUGUGA